CGAGUAUACUACGACGCUACGGCGACGGACGGACAACUAAAGACUAGAGUAACUAGGACUUAAACUAGACAAAAAAACACUAAAAGCUUAUCAGGACCAUGGCGGAAACAGACAAAAGCUACGGAUUUGCAGUUGGUGACAAAGUCUUUGUGUACUACAACGGAUUGCUUUACGAGGCAAUAUGUUUAAAACGACGAAAGACAGAUUAUGGAGAAAACCAGUACUUUGUUCACUAUAAAGGCUUUAAGAAUAAGUGGGACGAGUGGAGUGAUGAGGAUGACAUUUUGCCAAUCAAUCAGAUUAAUAUAAGUCACAAGGAAAGGCUAGAAUCUAGUCGACGAAAAUGUAGAAGAUUAAAACGAGGAAAAAAAUCUCAAGAACCUAGGGCAACAGAAGAUGAUUCUUCGCCAAAACCACCAUUAAGAAAACGAGGCAGGCCCAAAAAAAAUGUAGAUCAAUCUGCAGAACAAGCAGUAGGACAAUCUGCAGAACCAGUGGUAGGACAAUCUGCAGAACCAGUGGUAGGACAAUCUGCAGAACCAGUGGUAGGACAAUCUGCAGAAUUAGUGGUAGGACAGUAUGCCGAAUCAGACAGAGAAAACUCUGCAGAACCAUCAGUAGCACAAUCUAUAGCCCCAACGUUCGAACAAUCUGUAAUCCCAUUUGUAGAAGACAAACCAGCUGUUCGGGCUGUUGCUAAUAUUGUAUUGAAUAUUAUUCCAAGUUCAAAGCUUAUUGCAGAUAAAUUGCGUAAAUUAGUACUACCAUCUAAAUUAAAAAAAGCAAUAGAAUUUGAUUGUGUGAUUAUGCAUCAAUAUAACUAUGCAUCCCAAUGGCUAUUAAAGUUUCCGGAGAAAAACUUUUUGGCAGAAGUAAUUUAUACCUUCACUAAUUCAUCUUAUUUUAUAGAUGAUAGCCAACAGAAAUGUUCAAAGAUGUUCUGUGUUACUUUAAUGCAAUAUUUUAAUUCUUCUGUUCACAAACAUCUGACAUACAAGGUUGAGAGAAUAUACUAUUUACAAUAUAAGGGCUUGGAAUAUUUUCUGAAUAGAUUGAGAGAUCGACCAGAAACCAACUAUAUCUAUAAACAACAUCUGAAACCCAAAACAAUUUGGUGUUAUUUGUAUGGUCCCAUGUAUCUAUUAAGAUUAAUUGUUUGUUUACCAAAAAUUUUGAGAUCAACCUUAAUGCUUCCUGGAUACGAUUCAGAUACCUUUGUUCAUCAUAUUAAAAAUUUAAUCUGCUUUUUGGAGGAUAAUUUUGAUACUUAUUUCACUUACAAUGAUUACAUAAAAGUUGAAGAAAUGAUGUAAAAUAUAUACAUACAAAAUAUUUAUAAUUUAGU